UGUAAAACAGUAAUAAAACGUUAAUUUAAAACAGAACAGAAACAUUGGUCACCUUCCUUAAACAAUUUUAUUUAAAACGUAUGUAGAUGUAUUUAAUAUAGAAUCUACUAAGCUUUACAGUUGUCCGUGUUAUUAUGAUGAGGAUACGUGUGAUAAGUCGAAUCUCUGAGUCUGGUGGAGCUUUAAUAUUUUUUGUUCUCCAGUCAUGUUUUAAUUAAAAGUAUCAUAUGAAGAAUAUAAAUAACCUUGUGUUACUGUGUCAUACUACAUUUUCAGAUCAGUUCUCCUCCCUGUCUGAUGACGAGGUGUGCGUGUUAUUCUGUUUUCUGUGCUCUGACUCCGGUAUCCCCGACUUUACUAAUACAGACUGUCUGGACAUUCUUAAUAAGAUACGAGAGGUGAUAUAUGAUGAGAACAGUGUAACAAGUGAGGAGGCACAGCGGACUCUGGAUGGACUGAAGUCACGUGGAUUUCUUUGGGAUCAGGACGGAGUAGACAUCACUGAGGACGCCAAGGACGAGACCAUGUACCGUGUUACAGAACGUGAUAUACAAAGUAGUAUUACACUGUUCCCCGUGUAUCAGUUAUCCAGUUAUACUACAGCAGUGAGGUAUCUGAGAUCACAGAGAUACACCAGGAAGUCUGGAGAGAAAUGUGUCAUUUGUAACUACUCGGACUGUGAUUCCGUACUCAUACACCGUCUACAGAUGAACAUACUGACCCACGUCACCAUGGAGGACACGGAUAUCUGUGAUGAAGUGUCACGGAUCUUGAACAUCCCUCUAAAUAAAGUACGCAUGAGUGAGGGGGAACGAAGAGCGUUUUUAGAGGAAUUACAGCAGACUGUGGAGUGUGAACAAAUCAGAGGCGGAUCACAGGGCAGUGUACAACACGUCAAGUGGCUCUGGCGAUAUGAGAGAACUGACUUCGUGAGAUCCUGUAUAGGUCCCCACCCGCACAGUGAUAUUUACAUCAUCAACAACACGGCUUACAGAAAACACAGUCAGUACCACGACCGUCCUCCAGCUGAACGUUGUCUCCUGUACUGUCUUCUGAUGGUGGACGACUACACCGUCAAGGUCAAGGACGAAUCUCACAUCAAAGUGUACAAUGCGAUCAGAGAGCGAUACUUUACAGAACUACCUGUUUGUGAGGAAAUCACCGCCGCCGACAAUCCCGAGGAAAUCAUUCACGUAGAAAACGACGUAAUCAAGUUUAAGCCAUCCGACACCCGACAUGACGUCAUGUACGCGUUCAUUACAGAGUGUCUGGUGGAGGACAGUGAUCUGAAGUUUUUCUUGACCACGGCGUCACCUCACGUGAUAUCAGAAUACUGCCGAUCGUGGGAGUAUAAGAGGAGUGAGGGAGAGCGAUGUCUGUAUAUACCGUAUAGACCGGGUGAGAUGUGCGAGUUGUUCAUAGACAGACUACAGCUGGACAUCCUCACACACUGUACCGUUUCAGACAGGAAGAUUCAGUACAGGAUCAGUAAACGUUUAAACGUUCCUGAGGAGGUAAUAAAAUGGGACAUUGAUGCAAGACGGAGAUAUGUAAAAAGUAGUAAAGAACAAGGACGAAAGAAACUGUACUGUGCUAGAGGUAUGCUUGUUGGAUGCGCAGGCGCAGGAAAAACAACACUUCUUAGAAAGAUGCAGAACAGAGAGACACCAGAUGAAGACCGACCCACGGAGACAACUGUGGGUCUGGAGGUCCAUGAGGAUUUGUUUGAAAUAGAAUCUGGCACACUGAAAAAUUACAAAGGAAACUCUUCAGUAUUCCACAGUGAUAAACAGCUGAUAAGCAUGACAGAUUUUGCGGGACAAGUGGCGUACUAUGCCUGUCAUCAGGUUUACCUGUCCAGAAGAGCGUUCUAUAUGUUAGUCGUUGACAUGUCCAAAAAUCUGGAAGAGAAAGUUCACGAGCACAACAAGGAUCGUCACGACCCAAUUGGAUCCUUAUUUCACAACUGGACCUAUGAUGACUACAUCGUCUUCUGGCUUCAGUGCAUAAAAACUUACUGCGAUGUCGGGAAAAGGCAAAUCAGUGGUAGAGAAACAGAAAGAGAGAAUAGUGCUCCAGUGAUUCUCAUCGCAUCACACAAAGAUGAGGCUGAUUCGGGACACCAGACAUCAGAUUUCUUCUGGGAGUUGAGGAAGUCAUUGCCUAAAGGACUAGCCUUGACGGAUAUAUUAUCCUCCGACAGAUAUUUUGAAGUCGAAUGUCCACCAAGAUCAUUAAAUUACGAGGAAAAGAAAGCUAUAGAAAAUGUCAAAGAAUGUAUUGUCAAAACCGUCAUGCAGUUGCCUCAGUGGGGAGAAGGAAUUCCUUUGAAUUGGAUAAAGUUAGCCGAUAUUCUUAAGAAAAAGAAAAGAGAAGGAGAAAGAAUCAUGAAAAGAAAUGCAUUGCGAAAAAUGGAAGAAUUUACAUUUUCAGCUGAGCAAGACAUUGACGACAUGCUUCGAUUUCUCCAUGAAAUUGGACAUGUUUUGUAUUUUGCAGAUAAGAAAUUGAAGGAUACAAUUAUUAUCAAUGUCCAAUGGUUUGUUGAUGCGUUUAAACACAUCAUCACCGAUCGAAAGCACGUACCAGGCAGUAGUGUGGUCUGUGAUGAAUGGAUGAGAACGGGGAGAAUUUCAGAAUCAAUCUUUCAGAAAAUAUGGAAGGAUUCUGGAGAUGAAUCGUACUCUCUGUAUCAAAAGGACAUUUUACCAUAUAUGCAGAGACUUGGACUUAUGACCAAAAAACUGACGGACUCAGAAAAUAAACAAGAUAUGCACUACGUCCCAAGCAUGAACAGGGUGGAAUUUUCCGAGGAAAAUCUAGACGUAAUCAAUAGAGGAGACAAAACAUCAGUUCUUAUUUUUCAUUUUAAGACUUAUUUGCCCCAUUUUUUCUUCUUCCGCCUGGUUGUUAGUUGUUUGGAGAAGUGGAGAGCACUCGAUCAAGAGAUGUUUUGUAAAAGUGCAGCAUUUUACAAGACAGGUGAUUAUACCCAUUGUAUUGCCAUUGCUGUUAACAAAACAUCGAUUCUGUUGCAAGUAUUUACACCUGGUAAGAGAAGGAAGCUACAAACCGGAAAAGUCGUAGAAAUAAGGAAUGAGGUUGAAAAGUUUGUUGCAGAAAUAACAAAAACCUUUCACGAUCAAGUUUGCUAUGAAAUAGGAUACUCUUGUGAGGAUGUGUCAAUUACUAGUGUCGAUGAAAAUUACUUUUUGCCAGAGUCCGAAGUGUUAGCAUUUGAAGAUGACGUAACAUGUCCAAAGCAUGUUAAGGCAAAAUCACCCCACGAUGUCAACAGGCGUGACUUGAUUGGAUGUUGGAGGAGUGAUAUUUGAACGUCUAAACGAAUACUACUUGCAAUAACACUAUGACAACAAACAACAGGUGCGUGUUACACAAGCGCAGUGUGAAAUGAUAACUGUUUGAAUAUUCAUUUCACAUACCAGUCUGUAUACUUUGAUUCCCAAAUUAUCCUACACUAUGAUUAAUAUACACUUAACCAUAUGUUAUGGGAUAUGCAUAUAAUAUCAAACUUCCAUAUAUACGAUGUAAAAAAAAAAAAAAAAAAAAUAAUAGAUAUAUCAAUGUAAUGUAGGAGUUAUGAUAGUGAUCACUGUUCGUUAUCUUUGUCUUUCAUUCACUAUGCAUUUAUGAAUGACCUACGCCAUUAUAAUAUAAAUCUAUUAAAUCCCAAAUUGUAGGAACUAGCAUUAUCACUGUGAAAAUUGUACUUUUAGAAUUCUAAAUUUUAAUCUACAAAACAUCUACAGCUACGUACACUUGGCAUAUUUUACUGAUUUUGGACAGGAAAACAUCAUAUCCAGACAUAUUCAGAUCAAAAAGAAAAAUAUAUAAUACCCACAUAUAUUCUUAUCCAUAAAAUGUAUAAUACCCACAUAUAUUUUUAUCCAUAAAAUGUAUAAUAUCCAGAUAUAUUCUGAACAAAAAGAUUUUUUUUAUUAUAUUCAUGCAUAUCCUGAUUAAAAAGAAAAAUGUAUCAUAUCCACAUAUAUUCUGACCAAAAGGAAAUUGUAUCAUAUCCACAUAUAUUCUGAUCAAAAGCAAAUGAAUCAUAUCCAAAUAUACUCUGACCAAAAGAAAAAAAAUGCAUCAUAUUCACACUUAUUCUGAUCCCCAAAAUUAUUUCAAACCCACGCAUGUCCUGAUCAAAAAGAAAAAAAAAUGUAUCAUAUCCACGUAUAUCCUGAACAAAAGCAAAAUCAUAUCCACAAAUAUUCUGAUGAAAAAUAAAAUUUAUCAUUUCCACACACUAUUCCCUUUCAAACAAACAAAAAAUCACGUGGAGGAUCAAUAUGGUCAAAUAUCCCGCGUAACUUUUAAAAACCGAAAUGGUUCUAACUUAGAAUUAGUGUACAUAUAAUUCUAAACUAGUUCAUCCGAAUAAAUGUGACUGAUUUUAUCAGCUUCAUUUUAUAUUCUAUUUCAAUAUCAAAGAUGUAGUGAUUCUUUAUCCCUACCAACCUAACUAGAUUAUAGUAAUGGUUUGAAUACUCUAUUUCGUUUUUCCAAUGUAACCCUUUAUUGCAUUUGUUUAUUUUUACUGAUGAAUGAAUUAUUGCUGUUGGAAAUUUAAUAUUUUUUUCUGUCGUUGAUGCGAAUCUUUUCGAUAUAACCUCUUCCAUAUCAUUAUUUUAGCUGUCAUGUCUCCAACCUAUACUAUAAACAGGGAAAUAGUCUCCCCUUCUAUCGUCGCUCAUUUCGUCCUUGUGUGUGGGCAAAUUUAAAGACUGGACGAGUCGGGUUUCCUUUCUAGGAUUUUCGAUCAGUUCUUUGUGAAUAUUUCAAACAGAAACAAAUUAAGAGAAAGUUUAACAUGGCAAUGACUGUUAUGAACUUCAUCAGUUACCACUGUUUUUGGAAGACGUAAGUCCCUCAAUGUCCAUAACUACAAUCAAUUACAAGAAUUAUCAUCUGACUUGGUUUCCUUUGUAUUGAGAGUACCCUUUAAUAUCAUUUUACAAAGCAAGAUGGAAAAUCAUUGACAAAUCCUUUAUGUCGCCACCCUAAUUUAGAACAAUUCUGUCAACGUCACAAUAUAUAUGUACGUCACGUCAGUAGGAUAUUGUAUAAAACACCUGCUGCAUAAAAGACGUUAUUUUACUAAGAAACACCUUGGAUACACAUUAAUAUACAUUGUAUGAUGUCGGAGAAUCUCACAUGCGAUGGGUUUCCAAUCUUUUUUUUACUUUGAAAAUUUGUACAGAAACGUAAUUUGAUGACGUUACAAAGGAAUGUUACUUUUUACCCGCUUUCAACUUGGAAAUAAUAUACUGCUUUCAUUGUAACUAUAUAUGUAUCAAUAAAAGUGGGGAAGACUCCUCACCAGCUUUC